AUAUUAUCUGUGGAAAUUUCGCGAUGUAAAAUCAUUAAAUGCGUUUUAUUGAAGCUUUAACUAGUAAAUUGAAUACAUUUUAAAUUGUAUCUAGUGAACAUAGUUACAGCAAAGAUUUGAAGUAUCUCUGUGAUUCUAGCUAUUUAUCUAAAUGAAAAUUUCUUUUUCUAAAAUUGUCAUUCUGUGAAACAAUUCUCAAAAUAGGUAUUGAUUGUUUUUCUUAGAAGCUUAGCGAUAAAAAAAAUCUGUAAUGUUUUACCAUUAAUUGAAAUUUUAAAUCAUACCGCUGGAAAUUUGUGUAGCAAUCAGAUACUGUGUAAACUGCGGAAUGAAUCUUGACAAUUCAUCAAGAGAAAACUCGGAAUCAUUAGACACAGUACCGAUUACAGUAAGUCCGAGAGAAAAGUAUCACGGUAUGAGAGAAAAAAAGUUAUCAGCUGCUUCUUUAACAAACACAGAAGGAGCACGGCCCAAGGUUGUUACUGUGAAACAUCCCGAAUCAAACAAACCUAAACCCACAGCUCGUAAAAAUAAACCAAUUCAGGCAGAUCUUGACGUUAUUAAGGAAUUCAUUAGAUGUCGGGAUGAAGGCGUGAAGAGGCUAGAUUUGAGCAAAUCCUCUAUAACGUCGUUGCCACCUAAUGUAAGGGAUUUGACACAUCUAGUAGAAUUCUAUUUAUAUGGAAAUAAGUUAGUGGCCCUUCCUGCAGAAUUUGGUUGUUUAACUAACCUGCAGACAUUAGCUCUGAACGAAAAUUCUCUUACAAGCUUACCCGAUUCAUUAGCUAAUUUGAGAUGUCUGAAAGUAUUGGAUUUGCGACAUAAUAAAUUGAGUGAUAUACCAGAAGUUGUUUACAAAUUGACAUCACUAACUACACUAUUUUUAAGAUUCAAUAGAAUUAGAGUAGUUGGUGAUGGUAUUGCUAAUCUAACAAACCUCACAAUGUUGAGCUUAAGAGAAAAUAAAAUUAAAGAAUUGUCAUCAGGAAUUGGAAAAUUAGUAAACUUGGUUACUUUUGAUGUUUCUCAUAACCAUUUGGAGCAUUUACCAAAGGAAAUAGGAAACUGUGUUAAUCUGUCCACAUUAGAUCUCCAACAUAAUGACUUGUUAGACAUUCCUGAGACAAUUGGAAAUCUUCAAGCAAUAAGUCGCAUAGGUCUCCGAUAUAACAGGCUUAAUGCUAUACCUGCUUCACUGAGCAAUUGCAAGCACAUGGAUGAAUUUAAUGUUGAAGGAAACUCAAUAUCCCAAUUACCUGAAGGUCUUCUAUGUAGUUUAACAGAGCUCACUAGCUUGACGUUAUCUCGAAAUUCCUUCAUGAGUUAUCCAAGUGGUGGACCAGCACAGUUCACUAGUGUAUCUUCAAUAAAUCUUGAACACAACCAGAUAGACAAAAUACCUUAUGGAAUUUUUUCAAGGGCUAGAAACCUAACUAAAUUGAAUAUGAAGGAGAAUUUGCUUUCGUCCUUACCACUGGAUAUUGGGACAUGGGUGAAUAUGGUAGAACUCAAUUUAGGUACUAACCAAUUGGUUAAACUACCAGAUGAUAUUCAAAGUCUAGUGAAUUUAGAAGUAUUGACAUUAUCAAACAAUCUGCUGAAGCGCAUUCCACCAAGUAUUGGGAAUUUGAGAAAACUUCGAGUAUUGGAUUUGGAAGAAAACAAAAUUGAAGUUCUGCCUAAUGAAAUAGGAUUUCUACAAGAAUUAAAAAAGUUAGUAGUGCAAUCUAAUCAACUGAUAUCACUGCCCCGAUCAAUUGGUCACUUGGUAAAUUUAACAUAUUUAAGUGUAGGUGAAAAUAACUUGCAGUAUUUGCCUGAGGAAAUUGGUACGCUUGAGAAUCUGGAGUCAUUAUAUCUUAAUGACAACCCAAAUUUGUGCAAUCUUCCUUUUGAGUUGGCAUUGUGUGUUAGCUUGCAGAUUAUGAGCAUUGAAAAUUGCCCAUUAACUGCACUUCCUCCUGAAGUUGUUUCGUCAGGGCCCUCUUUGGUAAUCCAAUACCUUAAAUCACAAGGACCCUACAGAGCCAUGUGAUAUGAGGUUGAGGAUUAUCAACCUGCUUUAUCAGGAAAUGAUAACAUUUAAAUCAAAGCUGAUAUAAUUUAUCAAAUGUUAUAUCCUUAAAUACAGUUGUACUUGAAUUUAUAAUUUUAAUCAGUGUUGCACUCAAAAAAGUUGUUCAAUAUAGUUUGACAUCUUUUGUGCACAAUAAAAGCAACAUGUUUAAUAAAAAAAAAACAAUUUUCUUUCAUGAGGAUAUUUUUUAUAUGAAAACAUUAUUCUAUUUCAUACCAUGGCUUAAUAAUAACUAGUAUGAUUGAUAGCUGAUGUUACUGUAUAUAAUGUAUAUGCACAAGCUGUAGGUUAGUUUAUCUAUCUACAAUCUUCUAUGAAAUAUUUGCAUGUUUGCAUUAUGUUAUAUCAAUGUAAUAAUGUAAAAUAGAAGCCAAAUUACAAAUGACAUACAUAUAGUAUGCUAAUUAUAUUUUCAUAUAAGCUUGUUACUUUACUAUAUUUGUAAAAUAUCUGAUGCUUUGUAAUACUGUUUAUAAUAAAUUGUUUAAUAAUUAUAAAAUAAACAUCUUGUAGUUAAAAGUUUCAUGGCUCUCUAAUGUGGUGUAAUAAAACUCUUUUAAACUAUGAAAAUUAGUAUUGUAGGUAUUUUGUAAUGAACAAUUAAAAAGAAAAAAAUAAUUGUUAUGAACAAAUGUUUACUGUAUGUGUUUUGUUAAAUACUUGCAUUGAUACUAGAAUGAUUGAAUACUUCAUAAUAUGAAACAUAAUGCCAAUGUUUGUAAUAUCAAAUUAAUAGAUCUCAAUAUUGGUCAGUAUUCAACAUCACUCCUUUAGUAUUAAUAUUUUAAAAUGUAUGUUUGAUAUAUCUAUAUAAGAAUGUUACAAAAUGAUGCAAUAUAAUUUUCAAAGUAGUUCUGUUUCAAUAUCUACUAAUGCCUGUAGGUGUAAUAAAUAAUAGGCUGUGUAGAUUUCUAUCUAUGAUUUCUUUUUUUAAGUAGUAAUAAUGUGACAUUUAAAUUAGAUUCUAGGUAUGUGUUAUUUAUCAAUGUUAUCCUAAAAUAUUGCAUUUAAUUAUUGCUCUUGAAAGUAAUCAUAAUUUGACAUAUAAGUUAAUGAAGCCACCAUAGUUGUUUAUAAUUUUCUACUUAUUUAUACUAUAUUUCAUAUUUUGUGUAAAUAAUAUGAAAAGUUGACAUAAGGGGGACUAGUCAUUUUGGUCACAUUAAUUAAGAGUGAUGCCUCUGGCUAUUAUCAUAUUAUAGCAUACACAAUUACAUGUUAAAUAUGUCAUCGCAUUUAACAUAUAAUGUCGAUUGUCUUCUUUAUAAAAGGAACUCAAUACAUGAUAUAAUAUACAAUGAAAUGUUUAUAGCAAUGAAAUUAUGUGAAUUGGUACUAGCUCUUACUUUUAAAUUUUUUAAUUUAUUUUACAAUAAUGAUUAUAAUUUUGUUAGAUGACCAUUUGAAUAAUAAGUAAAAUUGAACCAGUGAAGCUUUUACAUUAGAAAUUUUUGUUAUAAAAAUCUUCUUUAUUGCUGUAAUAAAUAAUAGUAUAUGUUGUAACACUGUUAAUACUAAGGACAAAAACAGUGUAGUGAUAAAUAUAAUAGUGUUAAGUCUGCCAUUGUGUGAACAUUUUCCUUAUAAAUGUUUUUAUCUGAAUGUUAGAAAUUUAAAUUGGCAUUUAUUGUUAUUUCAAUUUAAAAUAUAUAAAGUUUUAAAUGUCCACAAUAAUUAUACAAUUUAUGUGAAUUACUUGGUGUUCAAUCAACAGUUAUAUCCUAAUUCAAUGUGUAUGACUAUAAUGUUUUAAUGAAAUAUUGUG